GAGCUCGCCCGCGCGCUCCCAGAGGAAACGGAAGUCGUAUCUGUCCGGACGGAAGCAGGAAACAGGAGCGUAGGGCCACGCCUGCGGCGCUGCUGGCUGAGGCUGUGUGGGUGGGGGUCGGGCCGAGGCGAUGGCGGAGAAGUUUGACCACUUAGAGGAGCACCUGGAGAAGUUCGUGGAGAACAUUCGGCAGCUUGGCAUCAUCGUCAGUGACUUCCAGCCUAGCAGCCAGGCCGGGCUCAACCAGAAGCUGAAUUUUAUUGUUACUGGCUUACAGGAUAUUGAUAAGUGCAGACAGCAGCUUCAUGAUAUUACCGUACCGUUAGAAGUUUUUGAAUAUAUAGAUCAGGGUCGAAACCCCCAGCUCUACACCAAAGAGUGCCUGGAGAGGGCUCUAGCUAAAAAUGAGCAAGUUAAAGGCAAGAUCGACACCAUGAAGAAAUUUAAAAGCCUGUUGAUUCAAGAACUUUCUAAAGUAUUUCCGGAAGACAUGGCUAAGUAUCGAAGCAUCCGGGGGGAGGAUCACCCACCUUCUUAACCAGCUUGCCCUCCCUGUGUGAAGAUCUCCCGUGACUGCGAUGCGGUGUGAGGCUGGGACUGCGAGCGCUGACGCCACCUUCCUGCUGAGGUGGGAUUGGGCCCUGGACACACCCCUCAGCCCCUCUGUUCUCAUUGUUUGGCCUCAUGGGACGGAGGGGCUGGAGGAGAGGCGGAGCUGUGCCCCAGCUGUUCCAGCAGCUUGUCCGGCGUCAUCUGGCUCUGAGUGCUGACCCCUCGUCACUGUGGGGAUCAUUCUCUCUGCGGGCAGAUGAGGCGCAGGAAAAUAGGCUUGGAAAUGUUAAAUAUGAUGGGUAAAUUAAAAGUUUUACAACAUUCUACCUAAUAUUUUUCUUUUAAUGUACUCUUUCUGUUCUAUUUUAUCAUGGUGUCGGAAAGCUAAAACGACUAGGAAAAAUUUUUUUAAAAAAAGAAAAGUCGGUUUAAUGUGGGAAGUACUUAAUUGGUAUUAUAUUUUACAUUUUCAAGUAUAGUGCAUAACGAAUGUUUUAAAUGUAACUGUUUUCAUGGAUUUCAAUUAGACAUGCGUAUAAUAAACUAAGUAUGUGGCUUA